AUGGCAAUUAAGUUAGUAGUUGAAGGAAGCACUGUGAAUGUCAUUAGCGCUUACGCGCCGCAAGCGGGCUUGGACGAGGAGGUAAAAAGGCGAUUUUGGGAGGCGUUGGAUGAGGUGGUGCGGGGAGUUGGAGGGAAGGUUGGCGACUAUGGAGCCUGGAAGAGUGGUGGGGAUGCUAGCGUUAUGUGGACGGCGACAUCGGACUGUAUAAGGGAGGUAACGAGAGAGGUGUUAGGGGUCUCGAAGGGAUACUCAAGCGGGCACCGAGACGACUGGUGGUGGAACGACGUGGUCCAGAGUAAAGUGGAAGCAAAGAAAGCGGCUUACCUUAAGUUAUUGGAGAGCACUAACGAGGAGCAGAGGAGAGUGAACAGAGAAAGAUAUAAGGAAGUUAGGAGGGAAGCGAAGCUAGCGGUCAUAGAGGCUAAGACUGCUGCGUUUGGGCGGUUGUAUGAGGAACUGGGGGGUAAAGGUGGGGACUAG